CUUCAUUUUAGACUUUAGUACUACAAAUUACAAUUUACAACUCUCUGUCUUUCUCUCUCUAGAUUCAUCAAAUUCCAGCUUCCAUCUAAACAGUCACUUAUGAACACUCAAUCACUUCAUUUUCAAAUCUCUCCCUAAACCCCAUUCAUUAGAUACACCAUUAUUGUAUAAAAUUUUCAUUUUUAGGUAAAAAAAAGUUGUUGACGCAUUCAUUUGCAGUUGAAAUCAAUCAAUGGAAGGGGAGAGUGAACUAGAGCUUCUGCAACGAUAUCGGCGUGACAGGCGUGUGCUUCUCGAUUACAUGCUUUCUGGUAGCUUGAUUAAGAAAGUUAUACUCCCACCUGGUGCUGUUUCAUUAGAUGAUGUGGAUCUAGAUCAAGUCAGUGUUGAUUAUGUUCUUAGUUGUGUUAAAAAAGGUGAGAUGCUUGAACUGUCUGAAGCUAUCAGAGAUUAUCAUGAUGGUUCAGAGUUCCCUUAUAUGAAUAAUGGGGGCACUAAUGAUGAGUUUUUUCUUGUUACCAACCAUGAACUUUCGGGUUCGCCUCCGAGACGAGUACCACCAUCAGUACCACUAGUUGCCUCGUCCACCAUUCUUCCCAGUUUGUCGAAAUCGGAGACUUUUGAUGAAGACGUGUUAUCGAAUUCAGAGUCUUCUAUGCAAGAUACCUCUUCAAAUGUAGGUUUGCUCUCUAGGAAGAGCAUGUCAGUGGCUGAAUCUUUCAGUUCAAACCAAGCUAAAGAAUUGACAGUGGAUGACAUUGAGGAUUUUGACGAUGAAGAUGACUUGGAAGUAGUUGAUAGUCGAAGAGCUUCAAGGCGAAUGCCAAAUGAUGCUUCUGAUCUUGUGGCAGUAUUACCAACUUUUGCUACAGGCAUCACUGAUGAUGAUCUUCGAGAAACUGCUUAUGAGGUCCUUUUAGCAUGUGCUGGAGCUUCAGGUGGUCUUAUUGUACCAUCAAAAGAAAAGAAGAAAGAGAAGAAGUCAUCCAAACUACUGAAAAAGCUUGGACGUAAUAAAACUGAGCAUGUUGCAGCUGAGCCACAACGUGCACCUGGCUUGGUUGGUCUGUUAGAGACUAUGCGGGUUCAAAUGGAGAUCUCAGAGGGUAUGGAUAUCAGAACAAGACAAGGGUUGCUUAAUGCUCUUGCUGGAAAGGCCGGGAAAAGAAUGGAUACCCUUUUGGUGCCCUUGGAGCUGUUACGCUGUAUUUCACGCACAGAAUUCUCUGACAAAAAGGCAUACAUACGGUGGCAGAAAAGACAGUUAAACAUGUUGGAGGAGGGGCUGAUUAAUCAUCCUGUUGUUGGUUUUGGAGAAUCCGGACGGAAGGCCAAUGAAAUGAGGAUUCUUCUAGCUAAAAUUGAGGAAUCUGAGUUCCUUCCAGGAAAUACAGGAGAACUUCAAAGGUCGGAAUGCUUAAAAUCUCUUAUGGAUGUUGCUAAUUCUCUUGCUGAGAGGCCAGCUCGUGGUGACUUAACUGGUGAAGUUUGCCACUGGGCUGAUGGCUAUCAUCUUAACGUUCGGCUGUAUGAGAAGUUGCUGCUUAGUGUCUUUGACAUUCUGGAUGAGGGAAGGCUUACAGAGGAAGUGGAGGAGAUACUUGAGCUUUUGAAGUCGACAUGGCGUGUACUGGGAAUAACAGAGACCAUACAUUAUACUACUUAUGCUUGGGUAUUAUUUCGUCAGUCAGUGAUUACGAAUGAAAAAGGAAUGCUUCUUCAUGCCAUCGAGCAGCUGAAGAAAAUUUCUUUGAAAGAACAGCGUGGCCCACAGGAGAGAUUGCACCUGAAAAGCUUGCAAUUAAAGAUAGAAAGUGAAACAGGAUCACAAACUACCUCUUUUCUCCAAUCAUUUCUUGGGCCAAUCCAGAAGUGGGCUGAUAGACAGCUGGCAGAUUAUCACCUGCACUUUUCUGAGGAUUCACAAAAGAUGGAGAAUAUUGCAACUGUGGCAAUGGUUUCUCGAAGACUACUUGUGGAGGAAUCAGAACAUUCUACUAUCAGCGAUCAGGAUCAGAUUGAAUUGUUUGUGAAUUCCUCUAUCAAAAGUGCAUUUGCAAGGACUUUACAAGCUGUUGACACCCACUCAGAAACAGUACACGAACAUCCAUUGACAUUGCUUGCUGAAGAAAUUAGGAAACUACUAAAGAAAGAGACUGCAACGUUUGUCCCUAUUUUGUCUGGGUGGCAUCCACAAGUACUUUUUGUUUCAACGUCUCUUCUUCAUAAGUUUUAUGGAAUAAAAUUAAAACCAUUCCUUGAUGGUGCUGAGCAUUUGACCGAGGAUGUAGUAUCUGUAUUUCCAGCAUCUAAUAGUCUUGAGAAGUAUAUGAUGGGGCUUCUGACUUCUGCUUUUGGUGAAGAAGUUGGCGAGAACUAUUGCAAAAAACUUGGGAAAUAUCAGAUUGAAUCUUUAUCUGGAACAUUAGUAAUGCGCUGGGUCAAUGCACAGCUGCAAAGAGUACAAGGCUGGGUUGAACGUGCUAUUCAACAAGAGCGAUGGGAUCCAAUAUCACCUCAGCAGCGCCAUGGAACUUCAAUUGUUGAAGUCUACAGGAUAGUGGAAGAGACAGUGGACCAGUUUUUUGCCCUUAAAGUUCCAAUGGGUUCUGGGGAGCUCAGUUGCUUAUGUCGUGGUAUUGAUAAUGCAUUUCAAGUGUACGCUGAUCUCAUCGUUGCCAAUUUGGCCAGCAAAGAAGAUCUUUUGCCACCUGUACCCAUCCUCACACGAUAUCGGAAGGAAGCUGGUAUUAAAGCUUUUGUUAAAAAAGAACUUCUGGACCACCAGAAAGUCCCUGAAGAGAGAAAAUCAAGUGACAUCAGUGUUUUGCCGACCCCAGUUUUGUGUGUUCAACUAAAUACUCUUCAUUAUGCUGUUAGUCAUCUUGGUAAGCUGGAAGAUAGCAUUUCUGAGCAAUGGUUGAAGAAGAAGCCUAGUGAAAAGUUUGCUAAGGGGAAUUUGGAUGAGAAAUCAAAAAGCUUCAACCAAAGAAACACUUUUGAGGGCAGUAGAAAAGAUCUCAAUGCUGCUAUUGACAGAAUUUGUGAAUAUACUGGGACCAAGAUCAUCUUUUGGGAACUCAGGGAGCCAUUCAUUGACAAUUUAUACAAGCCCAGUGUUUCUCAAUCUAGGUUGGAGGCAUUAAUUGAACCGCUUGACCUGGCUCUAAAUCAGCUGUGUGCUAUAAUUAUGGAGCCUUUACGAGAUCGGCUUGUGACUAGUCUUCUGCAAGCAUCUCUUGAUGGUCUGCUACGUGUUCUGUUAGAUGGGGGCCCAUCUCGUGUUUUCUUCCAAAGUGAUGCCAAAUUGUUUGAAGAAGAUUUAGAGAUUUUAAAGGAGUUUUUCAUUUCUGGAGGAGAUGGUCUCCCUAGAGGAGUUGUGGAAAAUCGAGUGGCACUUGCUCGGCAAAUAGUACAGUUGCAUGGAUAUGAGACUCGAGAAUUGACUGAAGACUUGAAAUCCGCAAGUGGGUCAGACUUACAAGGAGGGAGAAGUAAACUGGGAUCUGAUACCAAGACCUUACUGAGAAUACUGUGCCACAGAGGUGAGUGGGAAGCAUCUCAAUUUGUGAAGAAACAAUUCAAGAUACCCAAGUCUGCUACUUAAAAGUGUAUAAAUGUAGUCAUCAAAAUAGUUCAAUAACAAAGAGCUUUUUGUGUAUGUGGUUGUAGAGAGCUGUAAUCUGACUUGAUCUUUGCUGUAGCACAUUAUAUGCCUUUUGGAAGUCCUCUCUCCAUGUUGUAUUUAUUUAUUUUAUUUAUUUAAUUUUUUCUAUAGUCA